AUAUGUUUAAAAUGAUAAAAAGGUGAUUAUGUAGUAUACCUCAGACCAUUGUUUGUAUGAAAUUAUACCGUUAUAAUCAUGGUCAUCGUUAUUGCAAUAAUUUACACGGAACAUCUUUCGGCAAGGUUUGUCAUAAAUGUGCCGUCGUAAUUUUGAAAGCAGGUUACUUCAGAAGCAACAAUAUUAUGCCGUUAAAUCGCUGACGUCCGCUUAUUAAUAAUCCACUUAUUGUACAGAAAAAAAAAAUGCGCAACUGUAUGAUUUUAAUUCCUCGAAUAAGGCGGUCACUGCUUCUUCUACUUGAUCACGUGCCGCGCGUGCGACGACAUUGCAAAAAUUCCGCAUGCGCUUUCCCUCUCGACAAUCUGAGAACGAGGUGGCUUCCGUGUUCCUUACUUUUAUAUUCUUGCUUUUAUACUUCUCAAAGUACAGUUACAAAAUAUGGCAAACAACGAGCUUAAAUAAAAAUGUCGCAACUUCCACGUACACUUUCUUUACAGCAUUUUACAAGAGAAUACGUGGCAUUUUGUUAUAUUCAUCGAAAACUUCCUAUCGUGUCCAGUGAUAAGAUUACAUAUUCUGACACACUUUCCUACAUAGUUCGUAGAAUAAUUCAACUGAAAAGCGUAAUUAAAUGAUAUCCGGUAUUAUUGUUUGUGACUCUUAUAUAAGUAUUUAAAAUUAUUUAAAACUUAAAUUACGAAAGAUAUUAAGAUAACACACUGUGCAGAAAAUUAAAAAGUCCCAUAUUUUAGAUUAUAGCCUUCGUAACAAUAGUAUAUAUUAUUUCAGGUCACAAGUAAGCAGUUCAUAUGAUUUAUAAUUAAUUUCUUGCUUUCACUUCCAUUUAUCAAGGUUACGCAAUAUUAAGACGUUUGUCAGGAAAUGUGACAGUUCGGCUCCUUAUUCUUUCGAUCUGCCAUUCACGACUUCGACGCGUUGGAGUAACGAUGACUAACAGUUCAUACCGUUAGGCCGAAUCGUUAUUCCAGCUGGAGAAUGUCAAUUUCAUGCGGUUUACGGUACUCAAAUUGCGCGUUAGUAUACACCAGCAUUGCGCCAAUCAUUUAUCGUUAUUGUUUUCGUUUAUGACGUUGUUACAAUUGUGUCCGUCACUAGAAACGAAUUAAAAUUAUGUUAGUAAGUUAAACAAGAGCUCAGAUUUUCCUUGCCUUUAGCUGAUCUAAUUAAUUUAUUUCUUCCAAAUUCCUCUGUAUUCUAAAAAAAUUAUAUAAAAAUAUUAAUAAAUUAUUAAAAAGAAUAAAAUAUGUAAAAUUAACUUACCAAAUUACAAGAUUUAUAUUUCUUAAAUACAGUUAAAAGUAGAUUUACGCUUAAAAGGAUUAGUAGGCUUUAAGCUUAAAAGUUUUUAUUUAACACGCAAAUGUGAUGUAAAAUAUAACUCCAUUUUAAUUUUCAUUUAUUUAUUCCGGGUCUUUUACGCGCUGACUCAACGCUUUCGUCAUUAGCGCUUUCGUACGUCUUGCAAAAAUAUGCGCAUAAAUAAUACACUAACACUGACAAAACAGUUAAAAGAAAAACGGUAUCCAAGUUGCUACGAGCCGAAACGCUUCCGGUAUUUGUCCACGUUUGAGGUCCUCACGACAACGACCUCGCGGAAAGCUUCUUCUCCUAAAAAUAACUCGACCAGAUUCCGAAUCCAAUAAGGUCAACGACUCGUGUCGAGGAUCUCUGUUUUUGAUCACGAAAACGGAAGGAUGUGGUGGUCGAGGACGUUGCUCCUAUUAGUACUAAUCGGGCUGGCGGGCUCUGAAAAGAAUAACGAGGAUGAUGCAUCUAACGUCUUCAUCGAGGAAGCUAAAAAUCUCUUUUCCCAGAACUCGCUCGACGAUAUGGCCCAGACGUUUUCACAAUCCGGCAAGAAAAUUCACGACAUGAUGUUCGAUAAAAAAUCUUCGACGGACGGUGUUGGCCAGAUCAUCUCCGGGAUCAGUAAUUUGAUAGGAGGAGGAGGGGGAGGAGGAGAAAAUAAUCAAGGCUUCGACAUAUCAAUGGUGGGUUCACUUCUGAGCGCCUUAAAUUCUGGUAAAAGAUCGGAUGGGAAGGAGGAAUCCGGCAUAGACUGGGGCAGCAUAAUUAACAUGGGUAGCAUGUUCUUGCAACAAAAUGCGAACAGCGAGAUGGCAUUGGGUCUCGUGCCAAUGCUUCUAGACGCCCUGGGUCAUGGAAUGAACGAUGCCGAUGCCGGGCAUAAAGAUCAUUCGGGGCAUUCCUGGUUCUUGCCGCCGGUACUGGAAAAUAUUCACAUCGUGUGGGAGCACUUCAGUAAUUCGGAACUCGCGCACGCAUUAUGGAAGACGAGCGGUCUGUCGUCAAUAAUUGCUAAUAUGAUGGACGAGAAAGGCAACAUCCUGUGGGAAAAGAUCCUGGACAGUUUUGAACAUCCUGCUAUACGUCGAAGGUGGAUUAAAUCGCUCACGAAUUUUAUGGCCGAAUGGAUUUCCCACGUUUCCGAUCCGAUGAAUCAGCAGCGUUACCUCACAACCGCGCAAUUCGUCGGUAACAGCUUUCUAAAAGCUCAGGGAUUCCCCAAAUCAAUGAUGUUUGAUGCCACGAAACCAGCGGAAAGUAUCUCCAGAUUAACAAACGGGAUGGCGAAGAAGUACCUGAACAUGAACAUCGAAAGCUCAGUAUAUGUAAAACCAGCGGUGGCGUAUUUCCAGGAAUUAGUAGGUUUGGCCUCUGAGAAAGGAUUCAUCGUGUCCCGAAUAAAUGCACGAGAACUAAGCAACAGACUAAGCGAUGUUAUUAAUAAUGAUUUAAUCGGCCCCAUUCUCAAGGCGUAUCGAGCGUACAAAUGGGCAACGAAAGUGCCACAUUGUGCUAGUCAAAUCUUAUGUACCAUAAAUGAGAAGAGCCAGCAUCAAGAGGUCAGUGGCAAUAUAAUGGACGAGAUAUUUACACGCGUGCGCAGUUCACUAUUGAGGGUAGCAAGUUUCCCUGCAGCUUGGGCAGUCAGUAAUAAGUUAGGAACUCAAUUCUGGCCCCUCUAUGGAGCCAUCAUGGAGCAAAACGGAUGCAUCAGCAAAUAUCCAGCAGAUUGCACUGCUUUUCACGAAGAGGAGAUCCGAGUGACUACUACAGAAAAUAUUCACAGCGAACUUUGAGUUUAGCUUGAUAGUGAUCUGUGAAAGAUAUUGAUUGAUGAGUCGCUUCUACGAUUAGAGGAGACGUAGCGCAAAGCCGCGUUCUAUUCUAUCGUAUUUAUUGCAUGAAGAAUAAAAUGAGUUUAACAAAUUUAUGUUGAUGAUUGCGGCGGAGUUGAUUUGAUAGAAGCGACUAAACUAUUAAAGAAUGUCUCUACAUUUUCUUUGCAUGUACAAAGGUGUUAUAAAGUACCAAUUUUUAAUAUUAAACAAAAUGUAACCAGAGACAAAAAACGCUUAAAGUAUACCGUGAAAAUAUCAUCUAGAAAAUAUCUAAUAUGGUUUGAUUCAAAUGUUUUUGGAUCUUUGUAUCAUUUAUAAAUAAGUGCGCGCAGUGCUCAAGAAUUAAGGUUCUCAAAAGAAGCAUAUGAUGUAUGCAAAAGGCUUCCAAUUUGUUUGCCUUUUUAAACAAAUAAUUAUAUUUUUAGAGAUAAGGAUUACAUUUAAAGUAUUGCAUUAAGUUUAAUGCUUCUCUUAAUAACAUUAAAAAUAAAAUCAAUACUUUUUAAUAAUUUGUUUAAUUAUAUUUUUCUUUUUUCUUUUUAUAAAACAAAUUGGCGUCAUAAUUUUAUCAUCUUACGCGCACGUAUUAUUUUUUAUAUUAUAUAAUGCUUUAAUUAUUGCAAACUGCAAUGAUCUCAUUCGUGCGGUUAAGAUAAUAAAUUAUACGAUAUGUUUUAAAGAAGAAACAAUUUUUAUAUCAUAAAUAGUAAUAUAAAAAAUAAUCUCAAAUGUAUCGAAAAUAACUGUGCCAAUGUGACAAAUUUAUGAAUUAACAUAUUACGAGAUAAAAUUAAACCUCUUAGCUAUGAAAAAUGUAUAUUUUUAUAUUGAAAUGUUAUUAAGAGGAAUUUAUAAAAUAUUGGAAAUUAAUUAUCAAUAUCAUUUGGAUCUAAUAACCACGCAUCAUGCAAAAAUAAUAUCGUAACCGUAAAAACAUCCUAAAUAGUACAGAUUUUUAUUAUCUCGAAUACAAAGCUGUUAAACCAACAGCAUUAUUUAAAUUACAAAUUCUUUUAUUUGCUUAUAUAGUAUAUAUUCGUCGAUUUAGAAUCUAAAUUUUAGAUAAAUGGAAGUGCAAUCAUGGAUACUUCGUGCAUGCUGCACAUUUUAGCGCGUCUCUCCGCGAUUUUUCUUCGCAAGCGCAAUAAUAUGUGGUGCUCAAAUCUCUAUAUUACGUAUAAAUAUAAAUAUUGUAUUAAUAAUUGUAUUUAUAUAAAUUACAUAUCGUGU